AUUCACCCUGGGGAGGGCAGCUUUAAGGAACCUUGGCUACAUGCCUGCCUGAGAAAGCAGGAUUGAGAUCCCUGAGAUCCUGAGGUUCCAGGACACAUGUGACCAGCACAGACUCCUCACUGCCAGGGAAAGUGGGGAUGUGCCUGGAUCCUCAGGAUGUGGCCAGGAGAUAGCCUCCUGGAGCUGCAAGGGAAGUGGAGGCCUGGUGGAUUCUGAAGUCAUCCAGACCCCCAAAUAUCUGAUCAAAUCAAGAAAGCAGUAAGUGAUGCUGAGAUGUUCCUCUGAAUUUGGACACCGCUCCGUGACCUGGUACCAACAGGCCCUGGGCCAGGGCCCCCAGUUCCUCAUUCAUUAUUACAAUAGGGAAGUUAAUGAGAAAGGAAACACAUCAGAUCGAUUCUCAGGAGAACAGUUCAGUGAUUUUUGCUCAGAGCUGAACUUGGGCUCCUUGGAGCUGACGGACUCAGCCCUGUAUCUCUGUGCCAGCAGCCAAGACACAGCCCUGCGUGAUCAGGUGCCUCUGGGACAAAAACACUCCUGCCCCAGCUCUGGAAGUGGUGGGGCGGUCCACGCUGGUGUCACUCAGGACCCCAGAUUCCAGGUAGUGAGGACAGGACAGAAGGCGACACUGAAAUGUACUCAGGAUCUGGGUCAUAAUGAUAUGUACUGGUACCGACAAGACCUGGGACACGGGCUGAGGCUGAUCUAUUACUCAGCUGGUGUGCCCAGUAGCAAGCCGGGAGAUGUACCCGAGGGUUACAGCGUCUCCAGAUCAAACAAAGAGAACUUCCCUCUGACACUGAAGUCUGCCAUCCGCAACCAGACAUCUGUGUACUUCUGCGCCAGCAGUUAUUCCACAGCACUGCAUGGCCACCUCCUCUCUGUGCAAAAAGUAUUGGGUGCCCACGAUCAGGCUCCUAGCACAGGAAACCUUGGGCCUUUGUGGGCCACGUGCCUGCAGUGUAACCCUGGGUGUGUGGACAACGCUGCCCCAGCCUCACUCCCAGGCCUCAGGGCCAUGUGUCCACCAUCGGUCUCUGUCUUUCCACUGUAUCCUCCCUGUGAACCAGGAAGAUGCUUCCCCAGCUCUGACUCCUAGUCAUCACCUGAGCCUGAGACCUCUAGGAGGGAAGGAUGUUGGUAAAUUAGAUUUAAAUAGGCCCUCCUGUCUUACCUCAGGCACUUCAUCAAUGUCUCUCUGCAAGGUUCUCCCCCAGCCUGACUCUCACAUGCUCUCUUCUCUUGCCCACCUUUCCCAGGCAGGCAGGACAUUCCUCUCCCCACCUCUCCGCAUCAGCUCCCUGGCCCUCUCUCCCAUAGCCACAGGCUCCUCCCUCAUCUGACUCAGGUCCCUUCUCA